UCUCUCUCUCUCUCUCUCUCUCUCUCUCUCUCUCAAAUACUCCCCAUGCUCCUUGCCCUUCUCCUUUGAUGAGGCCAAUGGCCAGCAAUGGCAUGGCGUCCUCCCCCUCGCCCUUCUUCCCUCCAAACUUCCUCCUCCAAAUGCAGCAGACACCUCCAGAUCAUGACCCCCAAGAACACCACCACCACCAUGAGCACCACCUCCCUCCUCCCCUUCAUCCUCACCACAACCCAUUCCUCCCCUCCUCCCAAUGCCCAUCCCUCCAAGACUUCCGAGGUAUGGCGCCAAUGCUGGGGAAGCGGCCUAUGUACGGCGCAGAGGUCGGAGGCGUCGACGAGGCGAACGGCGGCGGCGGCGCAAACGAGGACGAGCUGUCGGACGACGGCUCGCAGGCUGGGGAGAAGAAGCGGCGGCUGAACGUGGAGCAGGUGCGGACGCUGGAGAAGAACUUCGAGCUCGGGAACAAGCUGGAGCCGGAGCGCAAGCUGCAGCUGGCGCGCGCGCUGGGCCUGCAGCCGCGGCAGGUGGCCAUCUGGUUCCAGAACCGCCGCGCGCGGUGGAAGACGAAGCAGCUGGAGAAGGACUACGACGUGCUGAAGCGCCAGCUCGACGCCGUCAAGGCCGACAACGACGUCCUCCUCUCCCACAACAAGAAGCUCCAGGCUGAGAUACUGGCGCUGAAGGGCAGGGAGGCAGGGUCGGAGCUGAUCAACCUCAACAAGGAGACGGAGGCGUCCUGCAGCAACCGCAGCGAGAACAGCUCCGAGAUCAACCUCGACAUAUCGCGCACGCCGCCGUCCGAGGGCCCAAUGGACCCUCCGCCUUCGCAUCAUCAUCAGCACCCCAGCGGCGGCGGCGGCGGCAUGAUCCCGUUCUACCCUCCCGUCGGCGGCCGCCCCGCCGGCGUCGACAUCGACCAGCUCCUGCACAGCACGUCGGGGCCCAAGCUGGAGCAGCACGGCGGCGGCGGCGGCGUCCAGGCUCCGGAAACCGCCAGCUUCGGCAACCUCCUGUGCGGCGUCGACGAGCCGCCGCCGUUCUGGCCGUGGGCCGACCACCAGCACUUCCAUUGAUCCAUCACGGAUGUCACAAUAACAUAUAUUGCAAUGGUGUGAUCGCAGAAAGAUCCGACGAAUUCAUUUGGAUUCUUGGUGACCUGGAGGAAGGGGCACCACAAAGCUGUGUAUGAUCUGGUCUGAUCGAUUGGCGAGGUAUCUAUGAGGCAUUGAGAAGAAGGUGACGCAAAUUGGGCAAUUGGACUUGAUGAGAAGGGGUUGUAAGGGGAAUCAGUGAGGUGGCGUAAUUUAAUUAGGUAGAUUUUGGUUUGAAUUUUGAUAGUAUCUUUUGCAUCUUCUUUCUUUUUCUUUUUUGCGUUUUUUUUGUUGACACAUAUGAAAAUUUGUGAAUUGUGAUGCACUGUUGUAAUUUGUAUAGGUGCGUGGUGUUUUCUUUUUGCAAAUUGUAUGGAUGAAGAGCUGAGCAGUACAUCCAUCUCUAUCUCUCACUCUCUCUAGUUGUAUUGCUAUUUAUAUUUUUCUUUCUGAAACAAUAGAAUGUGUGGCUGGUUUUUUGACA